UGUGCAGGUUCUGUCCUUUUAAGUUUUAUUAAAAGUAUUCAUAGAAGAGCUUACAUGAUUGGGAAAAAGUGCAAACAUGAAUAUAAACUACAAAGCCAUAUGAAAAGUAUGUGCCUACUUUUGACGGAUUUUAGAGAAAAUUAUUAAAUGAAGAGUAGAAGGUAGAACAAAGCAAGUUUAAUACAACUUAAAAAAAAACAAAACGGAAAUAUAUCUUAUUAUCGCGAAAAUAAUUACAACAUAUACAUAAUAMAAUUAAAGCAAUAUUAAAAUGAAUUGUUACAGAAUUUCCACUGUAUAUGAGCAAUGAACAAAACACGUAAUUUAGCAAUAGCUUUAAACAAGUCUGUCGCAUUGAAUACUACCCCGCAAAGAAUACACUUUACCCUUUUGCCCAUCGUUUUGACAAAGUAUUGCAUAUACAACACAAGUCGUGCACCACCACCACCGUUUUAACAACGAUCACAGUCAGCAGCUAUAAGGCCCUUAAUGUCAAUACAAUAGAUAGUAUUGGUGAUGAUCUUUAUUAACUAAAUUACCACUUUGAUUUUGCAAUAAAUCUUGUUUGAAAAUUUCUUCUGACAAAUACCGUGAAUAUAGAUAAAUUUAUACUGCAAUCCACAAUGUCAGCCGAUUCUGACAUGGAAUAUUCUGACAACGAUUGUGAAUACGACGAUUAUUAUAAUUCAGGUGAAGACUGCGAUGUGGAACGGCUGGAUCCAAAGAAAACUGAUCCUGAGUACUUCGAAUUUGUAUGUCUAACUGUCGAGGAGGUGGAAAAAUUGCUCAACGAGUCUGUGGAAAAACUGAACACAAUUCUAGAGAUUACUCCUUCACUGGCGAAAGUGCUACUGCUGGAGCACCAAUGGGACAAUCAAGUGGUAGUGGAUAAAUACCGAAAGGACGCAAACGCAUUGUUAAUAACAGCUCGAAUAAAACCGCCGAAUCCAUUGCUCAGUAUACCUGAUCCGUUGGCGCCCUCCACCAGCAAAGACGCAAUUGUAUUUGGUACUAGCAGUAGUAUUAGUAGGAACAGUAGUUGUAGUAAUGAUGACUCACCACGCAACGUUUUGAUCUCAUUAGGUAUAUGCAAUGCGUAUAACACAGUGACACCUGGCGGUGGCAUCGUCUCACAGCUCUGUCAAAUGUGUCCAGUCUGUGCUAGUUCUCAGAUGGGUGAUAAAUUCUUUAGCCUCUCAUGUGGUCAUGCAUUCUGCAAAGACUGUUGGUCAACGUUUUUCGAUACACAAAUAUUUCAAGGUAUUUCCACACAAAUCGGCUGCAUGGCCCCCAUGUGUAAUGUGCGAGUUCCAGAAGAUUUGGUCUUGACCUUAGUGACACGUCCCGUAAUGCGCGACAAGUACCAACAAUUUGCGUUCAAAGAUUACGUAAAGUCGCAUCCUCAGUUGCGCUUCUGUCCCGGACCGAAUUGUCAAAUUAUUGUUCGCUCUCCAGAGGUUUGUGCAAAGCGUGUCAUCUGCACUUCUUGUCAUACAUCGUUUUGUUUCAAGUGUGGCAUGGAUUAUCAUGCGCCCACUGACUGUGUAGUUAUUAAAAAAUGGUUGACGAAAUGCGCUGAUGACAGUGAGACAGCUAACUACAUAAGCGCCAACACCAAAGACUGCCCGAAAUGCCACAUUUGUAUUGAAAAGAAUGGAGGAUGCAACCACAUGCUUUGUUUUAACUGCAAACACGACUUUUGUUGGAUGUGCCUGGGUGAUUGGAAAACGCACGGAUCUGAAUACUAUGAAUGCUCUCGUUACAAAGACAAUCCGAAUAUUGCCAAUGAAUCGGUGCAUGUGCAAGCUAGAGAAGCGCUCAAGAAAUAUUUGCACUACUAUGAACGGUGGGAAAACCAUUCAAAAUCUUUACARUUGGAGCAACAAACUAUUGACCGAUUACGUGAUCGUAUCAAUGAGAAAGUGAUGAAAGGAAGGGGCACAUGGAUUGAUUGGCAAUAUUUGUUCAAUGCGGCAGCUCUAUUAGCGAAAUGUCGGUAUACACUGCAGUAUACAUAUCCAUAUGCUUACUUCAUGGAAAGUGGUUCGCGUAAGGACCUUUUCGAAUACCAGCAGGCUCAACUUGAAGCUGAAAUAGAGAAUUUAUCUUGGAAGAUAGAACGUGCGGAGACCACAGAUUUGGGUGAUUUGGAGAAUCAAAUGGAUAUCGCUGAAAAGCGUAGAACAACGCUGCUCAAAGACUUUUUCCCCGUAGACUUUUGAGUGCCAAUUAAAUGACUGCAGUAAAAUAGUGAAAUUAAUAUUUAUAUUUAAGUUUAUGUUUCAAUGAUUAAUGCUUCUUAUAGCAUUAUCUGGUCAACAUGGCUGCUAAUUGGAAUGGAUAAACUGCAAUAUAAACGCAAUGCGCUGAAUAUUUUAUAGAAUAUUAAAAAAAUUCACACACAUAUACAAGCAUUAACGUAUAAUUGCGUAAUGUUCCCAUAUAUUAUUUAAGUAGAGUAUAAAAUGUAUAUAUUUCUAAAGCGAUAUUACCUCUUGGCAGUAUCCAAAUGAAUGUGUAUCGAGUUGUGUUAAAUAUUGACGAACUCACAACAAAAAUACUAACACAGCGUGUUUACACUUCGGUUAGUUAAAUAUCAUUCAAAUAAUAUUAGUUUUUGAAAUACCUGAGAAGUGUAAAACAAAAAUUUUAAUGUGAAUAUCUGAACAAAUUAGUAGUUCGAUAAACUUAACAAAUUAAGUCAAUAAAGAGAUUAUUGGCAUGUAUUAGCUUAUUAAAGUAACAGUUGAACAAGAAACUGAUUAUCGAACCCAGUAAGCGAUUUAAUUACGAAAGACGACAUAGGUGCACUCUAUUCGUUUCAACGUUCGUUCAACGAAACAAUAUACGUAUAAUAUAUACAAUGUGUUGCGGGGUAUACAUAUUCAUAUGAAAAUUUGUAGUGCAGUACACUCUUAUAAAAAAUAAUCUUUUUAACAUUUUUGUUUAUAUAUUUUUGAGUGAUUUGAGCGACUAGUAAUUUUCCACACAGUUUUCCAUGCUAAAUAGAAUCCAAUAUUACAUAUACGGUAGCUAAAGCUAUCUGCUAAAGCUUUUUCACUCAGUAUUAAUUCCAAAAUAUAAAUGCUAUUUGACGUUUUGAUAAGCCUAGUGUGAUGAAAUGGUUUUGAAUUCUGCGUAAAUGUUCCGUUGGAUGUGACUAGUUACUACCCAACAACAGAUUUAGUGUUUCGCAAUCUAUUUUUAUAGUUUAUAUAAAAUAUGUGGUAUUAAAUUGGCUUUAGAUCUUUGUUUUGUUUUUAUACUUGGUUAUUUUAUUUUAUUGUAAAUUUUACUGUGUAUAGUUCGAUUUACACAUUUUGACUGAAUAAGUAAUAUUAUGAUAUAAAAUAAGUGUAGAAUAAUAUGGAGCUCUAAUCUGAGCUCUUUAAUUGUAUAAUUAAUUAUAAUUAGUUAACGUAUCCCAUUAAAGAAUGCGGAAUAUAUAUAAAGAAAACGACCAUACUACGUCCCAGAUGAGAAGCUGGGACAACAUGAUAUUUUCAAUUUUACUGCUAUAUAUAUUCGACCGCGUUUUUAUUUUAAUUACCUUGUAAAUUUUAUCAUAAACAUGUAACCACCCUUCAAUUGAAACAAUUGAUAUAAAAAAUGCUUUUUAAAACAUCAUGCGUAUAAAAGUGUAAUAAUUAGAAAAUAAACUACAUUAAUAGCAA